GAUAAAUUACAAUUUAUAGUUCUGUAAAUGUAAUAAUUUUUAACUUAAAUACCUAAUAUUAAAAAAUCAAGAUAAAAAAACUAAAACAAUUUCCUAAAUAAAUAAAACUUUCAUCAUGCAAUGCGUGUUUAAAAGCCGUUCAACCUUCAGUUAAAAUUCUUUUUACGCAAAAUUGUCUUUCCUUAUCAGUGAAAUGGAUCGAUAUCGUCGCUAAGCGACUUUUCAACAAUCAUUUCAGGUGGCAGUGUGAUAAGAAGCCGACAAUGGAAGACAUGAAGAAUAAAAGCAUCCACCACACUGCUGUAAAAAUCUGCGAAGACUUCAAAUCGUCUCCGUCGUAUCAAGCCCUCUUCCAGGAUCUCCAGAAAUUAGUCUCCACUCCCAGUGUGAAAUACGACGAUUUCAAGGAGAGUCUCCUGAAAGCGAUGAAAGACAACGGCCUCGAUGCCGGCUUAAGAAACAACGUCUACCAUUGGAUGAAAACGAAGAAGAAAGAAGUGUGUUCGCCUUACGACACGUUUUUUCGAAAAGCGCAAAUUCACUGGGACAAAAGAAUCCACAAAUCGCUGAAUUCGAUGUGUGCUGAACUUGGGAUUAAUCUCGCGAAAGUGCGAACUGGGGUGGAGAGGGAGGAAAUUGCGGGUAAAUGGGGCGAACUUAGCAAUUAUGAGGUCGAUAUUCAUAAAUACAGACCGGUUUAUGCACCGAAGGAUUUCCUCGAGGUUUUGCUAAACCUCAAAGGGCCCACGACGAGGAGUAAAGGGUGCCCGAAGUGGGAAUUUGCGCAAAUGCCGCUGAAAGUUAAGAAUUUAACCGAUUUGAGGUGCCUCUACUUGGAGCUUUCAAGAGGCGAGCAAAUUUUGGGUAUAAACUCCUCAAUGUUGUCUCCUCAUUACAGCACCCUCGAAACGGAACGAAUAACACUAGGUGAAAAAGUUUUGUCUAAAAAUUACGCCCCCAUGGCACAAGAAUUCCUGAAAAAGGGUUGUCCUCAAUGUUUGAGGGCCAAAAUUUGGACUCUAGUUUUAGGGGCCGAUGUCAAACCUUACCAUUAUUCAUAUUUCGAAUCGCUGAAAGAAAGUGUUCUUCAGUACGACUUAAUGAUCGAUAAAUUGAUCAUCAAAGAUAUCAACUUGACGGCUUCAAAUGAUGAUCAAUAUUUCGUAUUUGAGGACGUUUUGUAUCAGGUAAUGUUGUGUUUUUCACGAGAUGGUGAAAUCCUGAAAGAUUUAUCGACUCAACCCGGAUUCAUGCAAGUCGUGAUUAAAGGCAAGCAAAACGGUGCUGAAAACACGAUUAUUUUCCCACCUAGUGGUGUAAUACCUUUUCACGGGUUCACAAUGUAUGCUGCCCCUUUUUGCUACUUGUACGACGACCCGAUUCAACUUUAUUUCGUUUUUCGCACGUUUUACAUACGAUAUUUUCAUCGUUUGCAUCGUGUGUGUGGAAAUCCGCAAGGAGUGGUCGCGUUGUGUCUCCAAUAUGAGAAAAUGUUGCAGUGUUUUGAGCCCAGUCUUUGGCACCAUUUCCGAAAAUGUCAAAUUCAUCCGGUUCGAGUGGUGAUUAAGUGGAUAAUGCGUGCGUUCAGUGGUCAUUUACCACCCGAGCAAUUGCUGAAUUUGUGGGAUUUGAUUCUGGCGUACGAUUCGCUGGAGAUAAUCCCGAUGUUGGCGCUUGUGAUUCUCAUUUUUCGGAAGGAGAAUUUGUUGAAAGUGAAUACGUUGCAAAAUAUUGAGGCUGUUUUAGCGGAUUUGUCGUCGAUUUCUGUUAUACCGUUGUUGCAAAUGGCGCUUUUGAAAGAGUGACUUGGUGGAAAGGGUCGAUCACUGCCAUUUUGUAAUUUUCUAUUGUUUUUCUUGUAUUGGUCUAAUAGAGUUGAUAGAAAAAAUAAAGACUUUUUUUUU